CAUCCGACUAUAGGAAAGGCUGCUUCGAAGGCAGCUUUAGAACAUGGGAUGGGACCAAGGGGUUCCGCUCUUAUUUGUGGGUAUACCAAUUAUCAUAGGCAGCUAGAGUCGAGUUUGGCUAAUUUGAAAAAGAAGGAGGACUGCCUUCUUUGUCCCACUGGGUUUGCUGCCAAUAUGGCCUUGAUGACAGCAAUAGGAAGUAUUGGUUCUCUCUUAGCUGGGAAUAGCAUACUUUCAGAAGAUGAAAAGAUUGCCAUAUUUUCUGAUGCAUUAAACCAUGCAUCAAUAAUUGAUGGUAUUCGUCUUGCGGGUCGGCAAAAAGGUGCAAAAGUGUACAUAUAUAGACAUUGUGAUAUGUCCCACCUCAAUAUGCUCCUAUCUCAUUGCAGUAUGAAGAGGAAAAUUAUGGUAACUGACAGCUUGUUUAGCAUGGAUGGAGACUUUGCACCAAUGGUUGAGUUUGCAAAACUUCGCAAGAAGUAUGGCUUUUUACUAGUCAUCGAUGAUGCUCACGGAACAUUUGUUUGUGGUAAAAAUGGCGGUGGUAUUGCUGAGGAGUUCAACUGUGAGAAGGAUAUGGACAUAUGCAUUGGUACCCUAAGUAAAGCCGCCGGCUGCCAUGGAGGAUUUAUAGCAUGCAGCAAAACAUGGAAGUUAUUAAUACAGUCAAGAGGUCGUUCAUUUAUAUUUUCAACUUCUACGCCGGUUCCAGUUGCUGCUGCUGCUCAUGCUGCUGUUAGAGUUGCAAUAUCAGAGACAUGGCGAAGAAAGGCUAUUUGGAAUCGGGUGAAAGAUUUUCAUUUGCUUACGGGAAUCCCUGUUACAAGUCACAUUAUUUCCCUAAUAGUUGGCAGUGAAGACAAAGCACUGCAAGCAAGCCGACAUUUACUACAAGCUGGCUUCCACGUGAAUGCGAUCAGACCACCAACAGUGCCUCCUAACUCAUGCAGGCUGCGAGUGUCCCUAAGUGCAGUCCAUACAAGGGAACAUUUGGAAAACUUAGCAGCUGCAUUCUCCAGUUGCAUCAAUUUCCAAGACACCCGCAUUUAUGACUGCAAUGGCUAUGCAAGACCAACCAAAACCACCGUCGCCAACGGCAAGUGUUAUCAUGCAAUCGUCAACAUUCAUCAAGCGGCAUUCCAUGCCCAAGUGAAACAAUUGGAGUGGACCUGCAGAACAUAUGAUACACACUACAUCAGAAAAACAUGA